CUGCAGAGCAACGAAAAGCACAAUCUGUGCAGAAAGUGAAUGAAGUGAAAGGAUAACAGACUCUGUAAAUUGCAUAAGGAUUAUCCAGACAACAGUGAUAACUACCCAAUUGGAUUAAUAAACUUGACACAAAAAAGAGCUUCACAAUGAGAAUUAGAGCUAGCCUUUUGGCAGUUGUACUGCUGGCCACUGCCUCCUUGGCCGAAGAAUCCAACUGGGGCAAUGAGUGGGCGCCCAUGGAGGAUGCGAUGCCAAGCCGCCGAUCUGUUGAUACCAAACCCGCCGAACAAUCUGACAUACAGGGACGUUACCUGGUCCACGAGUCCAUCCAGAGCAACAGCACCACCCAGAUCGACGAGGUCAUUGAACAGCUGAUCAACUCCCGCCGUGAGGGUCGUAAUCUGGGAGAGUACGAUGCCGUCUAUGCUGAUGGUAAUAUCGAUCAGGCUCUGCAGCAGGGAAACGAUUUGCAGGCCCGCAAUCUUAUCAGGGAUAAACUGUGCGGGUUGGGACUGAUGAGCUGCGAUGUGGAGGAGAAGCGUCCCUUCUACUCGACCAUCUACGCCCAGGGUCCGCCACCACCAUCCGGUUUCAGCGGUGGUCCCUAUGGUCCAGCAAAGCCCAUGCCCCCACCAAGCUACUUCAGCGGUCGCCCGCCAAUGGGUGGACCUCCAGGAUCCUACGGACCCCCACCAAGCUCCCUGAACUCCUUUGGACCUCCGGCCAGCUCCGUGAACUCCUUUGGACCUCCCAGGAAGGUGGGCUACGAGGGACCCUACAAACCAAUGUCUGGACCUUACAGGCCAUCUGGACCCGGUGGCUACCUGGAGCAUCCUCCACCAUCCGCCAUUGACGGCUCAUCCGACGGUAUCACCUACACGAAGCCCCCACCCGGAGCCCUGAUCUACGACAGCAAACCACCAGGACCCAUCUACACCGGAGGUCCUUCUCUGGGUGCUGGACCCGUUUUCAAUGGUGCUUCGAAUGGAGUUCCUCCAUACAACUACGAGAAUCCCGAGGGUGGCAUUCAGGGCGCCAGCUCAGCUCCCAAUGGCUUCUACUCGCAGCAGUCUUCAGCUUCCUCCUCCUCGGCAACGUCCUCCAGUACCAAAGUAGUGGUUGGAGCCCCGCUCGAUAGCCUGCAGCAACAUGUGCACCAUCAUUACCAUCAUGUGGAAGGUGGCGAGGGAGCCAAGGUUCCCAGUGUGCCAAUUCCUAUUGGAGCUGGCCAGACCAUUAACACCGACUUCAGUGCCCUGGCCCAAUCCUCUGCCACAUACACUCCCUCCGUUCAGACUUCUUCCGGAUCCAGUUACUCCCAGUCCAAUGCCUUCAAUGCUGGCUUUAAUGGUGCUUCUCAGGGUGGGCUUCUGUCGCAGAAUGGUUUUGGAAUCUCCCAGAAACCCACUGGAGAUCUGUACAAACCAAGCUCUGGAGAUCUGUACAAACCAAACACUGGAGAUCUCUACAAACCAAACUCAGGACUAGGAAACUUUGGCAGCAGCGCCUCUGGAGGAUUCAGUGGAUCGCCCAGCUCCAGUUACCACAGCCAGAACCCCGACUACUACAAGAAGGAGCUACAAGGUGGAGCAUCCAACCAGUACAAUGGCAUUUCUGGUGGCUACCAGGGUCAGGGACAGUACCAAAGUGGCUAUGACACCUCCCGCCAGCAGAUCGUGGACUGCCAGUGUGUGCCCAUCUCCCAGUGCCCCGCUGCCGACCGCAUUGGCCGCAAGGAAGAUCUCAUUCUGCCCAUUGAUCCCCGCAACCUGGGCAAGGACAUUGAGGCUCUGAGUGACGAUGCUCUGUCCAGCAAUGCUACCACUCCUGCUGAGGGUAAGAAGGCCGAGGAGAAGGCGGACGAGGAUGACAAGAAGCGCACCCGUCGACAGGCUGAUCAAAAGGAUGACGAAGCUAGCGAUCUCUCACUCGAUGCUCAAGGGCGUGCUUAUUAUGGAAACCGACCCGUGGAGAAGACCUGCCGCAUCAACGAGGUCUGCUGCCGUCGUCCUCUGCGUCCCCAGGCUCCUCCCCAGCAAUUUGGUCGUUGUGGAGUGAGGAACGCCGCUGGAAUCACCGGUCGCAUCAAGAAUCCCGUCUACGUCGACGGAGACAGUGAGUUCGGCGAGUAUCCCUGGCAUGUGGCCAUUCUGAAGAAGGACCCCAAGGAGUCGAUCUACGCCUGCGGUGGCACCCUCAUCGAUGCCCAGCACAUCAUCUCCGCUGCCCAUUGCAUUAAAUCUCAAAAUGGCUUCGAUCUUCGCGUGCGUCUGGGCGAAUGGGAUGUCAACCACGAUGUGGAGUUCUUCCCCUACAUUGAACGCGAUGUGGUUUCCGUGCACAUCCAUCCUGAGUACUAUGCCGGCACUUUGGACAAUGAUCUGGCUGUUCUGAAACUGGACCAACCCGUUGACUUCACCAAGAAUCCCCACAUUAGUCCCGCCUGUCUGCCCGACAAGUAUUCCGAUUUCACUGGAGCUCGUUGCUGGACGACUGGAUGGGGCAAGGACGCCUUCGGCGAGCACGGCAAGUACCAGAACAUCCUGAAGGAGGUGGAUGUGCCAAUCCUAUCGCACCAGCAGUGCGAGGCCCAGCUGAGGAACACCCGUUUGGGUUAUAGCUACAAACUGAAUCCCGGAUUCGUGUGCGCCGGCGGAGAGGAGGGCAAGGAUGCCUGCAAGGGUGAUGGUGGUGGUCCAUUGGUGUGCGACAGGAAUGGAGCCAUGCACGUGGUCGGAGUGGUGUCCUGGGGCAUUGGAUGCGGCCAGGUGAACGUUCCUGGAGUCUACGUAAAGGUAUCUGCCUACCUGCCCUGGAUCCAACAAAUCACCCAGAGCUAUCAAUGAUUAACGGAGCAUCAGGCUGAAAAGGAGGAGGUGACUGGCUACCAUGCGAAUAUUCCUGGAUCCAUUCCAAGCGACACCUCCUCCGAUGAGUUCGUUUUCCACUUCUAAUCGAAGCCAUCUUUCAACACUUUUGCAACUACCGAAUCGUUUCGAUUGUGGCAUUCGUCAUCGUAUUUAUCGGCGUCGUCACUCUUAGUUAUUACGGAUGUCUCCUUGAAUACCUGUUAUAUUUUGUUAUGUAUAUUAUGCGCCCACAGUCGCCCCUUCACUUCACUUCACUUCACUUGUUGACCCACUCAUUAGCUACCCACAGUUGUUGCUCAAUUGAAGACGCACAACCGUCGC